AUGGAGAAAAAGUGCUUAAGAAUAAGCAUCAGUGAGAGAAACAUCAAAGACAUGAACAACACUAAGGUUAGAUCAGAUCCAUGGGAUCAUCAUCAUCAUCGUCAUCAUCAUGGGACUAUUGACAGCCAUUACAAUAGUACUAAUAAAGAUGGAGAUUUACUAGCUGGGUUUUCAUGGCCUCCAAGAUCUUACACAUGUAGCUUCUGCAGAAGGGAUUUCAGAUCUGCUCAAGCCCUGGGAGGCCACAUGAACGUUCAUAGAAGAGAUAGAGCAAGGCUGAGGCAAUCACCCCCUAGAGAUAAUAGUAAUGGUCACCACUCUCCUCUUCUAAACCUCAAUCUUGACCCUAACCCUAACCCUAACCCUAACCCUAGUUACAUCUUUCCUUCAAGAAAAUUCCCUUCAUUGAAUCCCACAUUGGUUCCCUUCAUGCCACCAUCUUUCCCUCCAUCACCUUUAGCCUCAUCUUCUUCUGCUCAAAUGGCUAAAGGAAGCUUUAAAGCUGAAAGUUUCCCAGUCAAAUCAUCCCAGCUUGGUCACAGCAAGAAAGAAAUUGUUAGAUUGGAGUUGGAGAUUGGGUUGAAGGAGGACUUGGAUUUGGAGCUUCGACUCGGAUGCAACACUUAG